GUCUCUGGGAGCUGUUGUGCCGCAGCUCUAGCUUUAUGGAUUCUAUGAAAGAUGAAAUGCGAAUACUCUAUGCAGGACUGAGGUUCUUGAGAAGCAUUUUAAGGGAGCAGCAGGAGAAGAUGGAUGAACAAAACGAAAAAAUUGGUGCUCUUCUUAGUGAGGCAGGCAUUAUAAUUUGCUCGCCUUCUCUAAACAGAGCGAAAGAAGGAGAAGUUAGCUUCUCAGAAUCCACAGAAGCCCUUGCCUGUUAUGAUAUGCUGGCUAAUACCAACAUUCGUAUCAAGCAUUUUAAGGAUCAGAUCAAUGGCUCAAGCAUUAUUGAAAGUCUUCCUUCCUUUCACAGCUUAAGAGCACCAGAAGUUAGCAAGACUUCCAGCCACAUGCUAUCAAAAGGUAAAAUGCCAAUAGCCCAUGAAGUCAUAGUUGGUCUUGAUGAUGAGGCAGCAAAAGUAAUUGAACGACUUAUAUGGGGACCAAAACAGGUGGAAAUUGUUCCCAUUGUGGGAAUGGCUGGGGUUGGUAAGACAACUUUAGCCAAAAAAGUUUACAAUGAUAGUUUAGUAAUCUGUAACUUCCACAUUCGUCUUUGGUGCACUGUUUCUCAAGAAUUUAACAUGAAAAGCUUGUUAAUACAAAUUUUGUGCUCAGAUGGAAAACAGUCUAGGAUGGAUGAAGAGCUUAAAAACUUGAAUGAACAUGAAUUGCUUCAUAAGCUCUAUCAAAGGCUGAAGAUGAAGAGGUAUCUUGUUGUUUUUGAUGAUGUCUGGGGCUUUAGGGAAUGGAAUGAGAUGAGAUAUUCAUUCCCAGAUGACAAAAACAGAAGUAGAAUCCUCUUUACGAGUCGAUCUUCUAAUGUAGCUUCACAGGUUCAAUAUGGUGGUGAACCUCACUAUCUUCACCCACUCAAUGAGAAAGAAAGUUUUGAAUUACUGCAGAAGAAGGUUUUUGGAAAAGAAGAUUGUCCUCAAGCAUUGCAUGGAUUGGGAAUGGAGAUAGCCAAAAAGUGCAAGGGAUUGCCACUUGCACUUGUUGUUGUAGCUGGAGUCCUAGCAACUAUAGAGCCUGAUAUUUGUGUUUGGGAAGAAUUUGCUGAAAGUUUAACUUCAACCACACUUUCUGAUGCAGAACAAUGCAAAAAGUCGUUGGAGCUCAGUUAUGAGCAUUUACCAUAUCACUUGAAGGCAUGCUUGCUGUAUUUUGCUGCAUUUCGAGAGGAUGAAAAAAUUGGUGCCAAGAAGUUGAUGUGUCUCUGGAUUGCAGAAGAGUUUGUGGAAAAAAUUGAAGGAGAGAGAUCAGAGGAUAUUGCAGAAGAAUAUCUGAUGGACCUAAUUCAUCGAAACUUAGUUAUGGUAAGUGAAAACAGAUCCAUUGGUGGAGUCAAAACUUGUUACAUUCACGAUUUGAUAUUAGAGUUCUGUAAGACUGAGGCGAAAGAAAAGAAAUUUCUUCAGGUCUUGCGAGGAUAUGAUGAGCUUUCUACCUUUAAUGAGGCUCCCAACCUACCUCGGUUGUCCAUUUGCUCCAGUGGAGAAGAUUUUGUGAAGUCAAAACUAUUUUGUCCAGAUCUAAAUACUCUGCUAUUCUUCAAUGCUACUCCAGGAUUUAAGUUUGGGCUGCUUAAUAUCUCCUUUUUUUGCAUCUACAAACAUCUUAAUAUUUUGAAUUUAGAGGACAUUAACCUAAUGUUGAAGGAGCUAACAACUGAAGUCGAAUCACUUCUUUGUUUGAGGUACUUAGCCCUUCGUACAGCUCAGCCCAUGGAAUUCAUUCCACCAUCUAUAGCCAAGCUCUCACAUUUGGAAACCUUCCGUCUAUAG